GUAAUUAAUCGAAAACAAUUAAUUUUGAUAGGAUUUAGAAACGAUAUUAUCUAAUCAUCUACUGUCUAUUUAUAAGCCUUAUCUAUCUCUCUCUCUCUCUCUCUCUUGGAAGAUCGUUAACAAUUUGUAGAAACUACAGAGACUUUGAAAGCCAUCGAAGAAAUCUCAGAGAAUCAACAAUGGUGUACAAAUCCCUCGACUCUAUUGACUCUUCGGACAUAGUAGAGCUGGGUAUCCCAUCGGAAACUGCCACGCAACUUCAUCAGGAGCUCACUCAAAUCAUCCAGAGUUACGGCCCUGCUACUCCUCAGACAUGGAAUCAAAUCUCCACCCGACUUCUCAAUCCGGACCUUCCUUUCUCUUUUCAUCAGAUGAUGUAUUAUGGAUGCUACAAAGAUUUCGGACCCGAUCCUCCCGCCUGGUUACCUGACCCGGAGGAGGCGUUGUUAACGAACAUAGGUAGUUUAUUAGAGAGAAGAGGGAAGGAGUUCCUGGGUCCCAAUUAUAAAGACCCCAUUUCGAGUUACUCUACUUUUCAUGAGUUUUCAGCCUCAAAUCUUGAGGUGUUUUGGAAAACGAUACUGGUUGAAAUGAACAUAGCAUUUUCUGUGCCUCCAAAAUCAAUAUUAGUCGAUGAUCCAUCUGAAGAAACCCAGUUAUUGCAUCCAGGAGGUCGAUGGCUUCCUGGAGCUUAUGUAAAUCCUGCUGGAAAUUGUUUAAGUUUGAGUAGCAAAAGGAUUUCAAGUGAUAUAGCAGUGAUAUGGCGUGAUGAAGGUGACGAUGAAACACCAGUGAACACAAUGACAUUCGAGAAAUUGCGUUCAGAGGUUUGGUUAGUCGCAUAUGCUCUUGGAACUCUGGGAUUAGAAAAAGGAUCUGCAAUUGCGAUUGAUAUGCCUAUGGAUGUCAAUUCUGUAGUGAUAUAUCUGGCAAUUGUCCUUUCAGGCCAUGUGGUUGUAUCUAUUGCAGAUAGUUUUGCUCCAACCGAAAUUUCUACAAGACUUGUACUAUCAAAAGCAAAAGCAAUUUUCACACAGGAUUUAAUCAUUCGUGGGGACAGAAGCAUUCCUUUAUACAGCCGAGUUGUUGAUGCUCAAUCACCAAUGGCAAUUGUCAUUCCUACAAGAGGCUCGGGAUUUAGUAUGAAAUUACGUGAUGGUGACAUUUCUUGGCAUGAUUUUCUAGAACAAGUUAAAAGUUACAAGAAUGUCGAGUUUGUUGCUGUUGAACGACCAGUUGAAGAGUUUUCAAAUAUCCUCUUUUCUUCAGGAACUACAGGGGAACCAAAGGCAAUCCCAUGGACUCUUGCAACACCUUUCAAGGCUGGUGCAGAUGGUUGGUGCCACAUGGACAUCCGCAAGGGUGAUGUGGUGGCAUGGCCCACAAAUCUUGGGUGGAUGAUGGGUCCAUGGUUAGUUUAUGCUUCCUUAUUAAACGGGGCCUCACUUGCUUUAUAUAAUGGAGCUCCACUUGGUUCUGGGUUUGCCAAGUUUGUUCAGGAUGCAAAAGUGACAAUGUUGGGAGUGAUCCCAAGUAUUGUAAGGGCAUGGAGAACAAACAAUUGUACAGCUGGCUUCGACUGGUCAACCAUCCGUUGCUUUGGGUCAACGGGAGAGGCGUCUAGUGUGGAUGAAUACCUUUGGUUGAUGGGAAGAGCUAAAUACAAACCAGUCAUUGAGUAUUGUGGGGGAACUGAGAUUGGUGGUGGUUUUAUCACCGGAUCAUUACUACAGCCCCAAUGUCUGUCUGCAUUCAGCACACCAAGUUUGGGAUGUAAUCUCUUCAUUCUUGACCAAAACGGUAUCCCCAUGCCACCAAAUGUGUCUGGAGUUGGUGAACUAGCUCUUAAUCCCUUAAUGUUUGGAGCAUCAAGCACACUGCUAAAUGCUAACCACUACGAUGUUUAUUUCAAAGGCAUGCCUUCUUGGAAUGGGAAGGUUCUAAGAAGACACGGAGAUGUAUUUGAGCUCACAUCUAGAGGAUACUAUCGUGCUCAUGGUCGUGCAGAUGAUACCAUGAAUCUUGGUGGCAUCAAGGUAAGUUCAGUUGAAAUUGAACAGAUAUGCAACUCGGUUGAUGAUGGAAUCCUCGAGACAGCCGCCAUUGGGGUUACGCCACCUGGCGGUGGGCCCGAGCGGUUGGUGAUUGUGGUUGUUUUCAAAAACGAGGAUGGUUCCACAAGUGACUUACAAAAGUUGAGGGUGACAUUGAAUUCGGCUUUACAGAAGAAUCUGAACCCUUUGUUUAAGGUUUCUGAUGUGGUGCCAUUUGCAUCGCUUCCUAGGACUGCAUCAAACAAGGUGAUGAGAAGGGUUUUGAGACAGAAGUUGACUCAAACUGGACAAAAGGCCAUGUAG